AUGUCACUUUCUAAACGCGGCAAGAAGCGAAAUAUAGAUUUGGAAUGCCGGACAUUCAAUGAUCAGUGGACAAAUGAUGAUUUAUUUGUUCAAAAUAAGAAUAAAGCGUUAUGCUUCAACUGCAGAGAAGCGCUUUCAAUAUUUAAAGAAUACAACUUGCGUCGACACUACCACUCUUACCAUCGCGACAAGUACGACUCUCUGAUGUCAGGAACCAAAGCCGCGAGAAUCGAAAAUUUGAAGAAGAUCCUGGGCAUGCAGCAAGACUUUUUCAAGAAGAAUUUCCAGGAGAAGGUGGCUCUGGUUCAGGCCAGCUACUCAAUCUCCAAGUUGAUCACAAAGAGUGGGCGGACUUUUUCAGACGGGUAG